AUGUCUACUAAAAGAGUGGGGAGUAGCAGCUUGCAAAGGUCACAUGAUGCAUAUGAAUUUAAUGAUUUUAUAGGCAUCAUGGAAUUGGUGGAUUUACCUACAGGAGCGAGAAACUUUUCGUGGAGUGUGGAUCAGGUGGGGUGGUCCUUAAAUGGGUGGUUGAAGCACUCUGGCUUUGUGGACUUUGUAGCAAAGUCUUGGGAUGAUAUGCAGCUAUGUUUGUGUAAGUGGAAUGUGGAAACCUUUGGGUGGGUCGAUUUGGCCGUGGAGGAAGUUGUCAAAGUUAUUAAUGUUUGCAAUGAGAUAAGUGCAUAUGUGUUUGGUGGUGGGGGAUCUCAAUGGCUGUUGGAUUUAGAAGCUGAGGGGGUCGUUAUUUCGAAGGAAAGAGCAGGUGUGGCAGUUUCCUUUUGGAACAAUCUUUGGAGAUGCAAAAGUAUGCUCAAGCAAAAGUCUAGGGGAAGUGGUGUAGGGAAGGUGACUUCAAUACAAGGUUUAAGUGAAACAGAAGCUGGAAACCUGGAGGAACCAUUUUUGUUGGAAGAAAUUAGGGAUGUGUGUGGGAGUUCGAUGAAAACAAAUGUCCAGGCCCCGAAGGUUACAGCUUCAAAUUCAUUCGUAAGUGUUGGGCCUCUUUGGAAGAUGAUAUUUAUAGGGAGGAAAAUUCAAGAUGGAGUUGUAGUGUUAAAUGAAUUAAUUGAUUAUGAAAAGAGGAGGUUUGGUUUCGGUGGGAGAUGGUUAAGGUGGAUCGAAUCUUAUGUGUGCAACGCCUCACUCCCAGUCCUCAUAAAUGAGAGUCCCACUAUUUAUUUCUCAAUGGGGAAAGGAUUUCGUCAUGGCGACCCAUUGUCCCUUUUCCUAUUCACACUGGUGGCGGAGGGUCUAGAGUUGAUGAUCAAAUGGGCGCUGGAGAUAGGGGCAUUAUCAGGCUUCAAGUUAAGUCCUUCUUUGGAGUUUCAGCUUCUGCAAUUUGUGGACGACACUGUUCUACUGUGUGAGCCAACCUAG